CGGGUUCCUGUGCUCGGUUACGUGGGGUUUGAGUGGAGCGUGCGGGGGAGACGCGAUUUGCUGGCGAUCUGGGGACUUGACACAUGUCCAGACAUAGUGAAGGCAAACGUUUUGGACACUUUGACUAACAAUUGGUACAACAUUGCAAAAUAUUCCCGAGAACAAGUUGUUUAAGGAUCAGGCCAUGAAUUGGCUUGGUAUUUACAUUGGUCUGGUGACUUUGAUCUGCACAUCUGAAGCAGCAAACCACACCCUGCAGCUGCUCCAGGUGUUAUUCCGCCACGGCGCGCGCACACCAAUCGACAUGUACCCGAACGAUCCGAACGCCGGGCACUGGUGGCAGGGGCCCGGCCAGCUGACCAACGAGGGCAAAAACAACCAGUAUGAGCUGGGCCGUUUCCUGCGGCAGCGGUACGCCGACUUCUUGCACCCGCUGUACCACAUGAACUACACGCGGGUCGAGUCAUCAGACGUGGAUCGCACGCUGAUGUCGGCCGAGGCGAACCUGGCCGGCCUGUACCCGCCGCAGGGGCGCGACCGCUGGAACCCUGACCUGCCCUGGCAGCCGAUCCCCGUGCACACGCGGCCGGCCGAGAUCGACUUCAAGCUGCGCUUCCUGGACUCCUGCCAGCGUUACAGGGAGGCGCGCGCCGCCCUGGCCUCGUCGGCGGACGUGCGCGCGCUGGACGCAGAGUACGGCCCACUGUACCGGUACUUGCAGCAGCACAGCGGCGUGCCCGUGCCAAGUCUGCAGCAGGUCUCCUGGCUGUACGACACUUUCUGGAUCGAUGACCACCACGGUUUACCGAUUCCCGAGUGGGCACGUCGCCGGCUGGCGCCCUAUAACCGGACCGUCUACCCGGAGCUCAUGCGGCCGCUCAGCGACAUCAGUUUCCAGCUGAUGAGCCACACACAGCUGAUGCGUCGUUUGGGCGGCGGCGCGCUUCUGGCCGAAAUGGUGGAGCACAUGCGCGACCGCGUGGCCGGCACCCUGCAGCCGACCGGCCGACAGCUGUUUAUGUACUCGGCGCACGACUUCAACGUGGCGGCGCUGCUGGCGGCUCUCGGCGUCUACAACGGCGUGGCGCCGCCACUGGCCAGCUGCGUGAUGGUCGAGCUGCACCGCGACCCGACCGGCGCCUUCUUCGUCCAAGUGUUCUACCGCAACGACACGACGGUGGAGCCGUACUCGCUGCGGCUGCCCGGCUGCACAAUGCAGUGCCCGUGGGAGGCGUUCCGCGACCUGACGCGUCCGGUACGGCCGGCGGACGUGGCCGCAGAGUGCGCGAGCGCGCCGCACCCGGCGCCAUCGUCCGCGGCGCUCAUUGGUGAGUCGAUCGCGCUCGGGCUGAUCUUGAUGGCGUUUCUGGUGGCCGGCGUGCUGUUCUGCCGCAGCCGGCGCCGCGAGGACAUCCGCUACACAGCACUGGACACCGGCAACUAGGGGACGACGCCCGGCAGCCGGCUCACCCGACCCUCCGCAGCAGGCUCGGCCGACCCUCCGCGGCCGGCUCGGCCGAC